AUGGAAACAACUGGUGAAGAAACAACUGACAAUCCAGAACCUAGGAAAUGUGAGACAGAUUCUUCAGUCCAAUCUUCAUCUGUCUCAGAGAGAAAUCCAUGCAAAGGGAAUAAAAGACAGAGAUAUGGACUCUUCAGCAGUGAUUCCCUUCCCUUUUCUGAUGAUGAGGAGGAUUUUGAAAUACUGAGGAAGAAGAGAAAUUUAAGGAGAUCUCUUCUGAUCAGCUUUCAGAAGUGUGCCUCAGCGGGAGUUGACAAGGAUACCAUGAAAAUUGGAGGGGGUCUGGCUGGUGUGGAGCAAAUGCAAAUAGUUGGUUCAGUACAAUUUGAUGGCGUGGGUGGUCUUUCUGACCACAUUUCAUCUUUAAAAGAGAUGGUCAUUUUUCCAUUGCUUUAUCCUGAAAUCUUUGAGAGAUUGAAAAUUGAACCUCCAAGAGGCUGUUUAUUCUAUGGUCCACCGGGGACAGGAAAGACGCUGCUUGCUCGUGCACUUGCUAAUGAAUGCAGUCAAGGUCACAUGAGAGUAACCUUUUUUAUGAGAAAAGGUGCUGAGUGCCUGAGUAAAUGGAUAGGAGAAUCUGAGCGACAGCUUCGUUUAUUGUUUGAACAGGCCUACCAGAUGCGACCUUCAAUUAUUUUCUUUGACGAGAUUGAUGCUCUGGCUCCUGUACGGUCCGAUAAACAAGACCAAAUUCAUAGCUCUGUUGUGGGGACACUUCUGGCACUUAUGGAUGGCUUAGCCAGCAGAGGAGAGGUUGUGGUAAUAGGAGCCACCAACAGACUGGAUGCUAUAGAUCCUGCUUUACGAAGACCUGGGCGCUUUGAACGAGAAUUCCGCUUCAGUUUGCCAAACAAAGAGGCAAGAAAAGAAAUCUUCAAAAUUCACACACGAGACUGGAACCCGAAGCCAUCAGAAAACUUCCUUGAAGAGCUGGCUGAAGAAUGUGUUGGAUACUGUGGUGCUGAUAUUAAAGCCUUAUGUGCCGAAACUGGUCUCUGUGCUUUGAGGCAUCGCUAUCCUCAGCUAUAUGAAAGCAGAGAGAGACUGCAGAUAAACACGGAUUCAAUUAAAAUAAAAGAAAAUUAUUUUUCCAUGGCCAUGCAGAAGACAGUUCCAGCUUCACAGAGGGUUGUGCCUUCCUCUGGGCGAGCGCUAUCAGCUAUUUUAAAGCCGCUGUUGGGAAACACACUGGAAAGGAUUUUAAAAGUCUUGCAGAGAGUAUUUCCCCAUGCCGAGCUCGCACUAAAGAAGGACCAACAGCAAGGAAAUUAUGUGAUUGACAGUGAUGAGGAAUCACCAUCAACCUCUGAAGAGAAGCUGACUCAUAAAACACCAGAUUGCAAAAAGGCAGAAUUCUGUACUUUUAGCAGAAAUCCUCGUGACCAGCCAACAUCUUACAGGCCACGGUUCUUACUUAUUGAAGAGCCAGGAUCUGGGCAAGCUUCUGAUUUGGCAGCUGCAAUAAUACAUUCCCUGGAAAAGUUUCCGAUUUUUACACUAGAUACACCAACUUUGUUUGCUAGCACAUCACCAGAUGAAACAUGUGUGCAGUUGAUGCGAGAAGCCCAAAGAUCAGCACCAAGUAUCAUAUAUGUCCCACAAAUCCCUUCAUGGUGGGAGACUGUUGGACCUACACUGAGAUCUGUUUUUACAACACUACUGCAGAGCAUCCCAAGGUUUUCUCCAGUUUUACUCCUUGCAACAUCUAAUGUACAACUGAGAGAUCUCCCAGAAGAGAUAAAAGCAUUGUUUAAUAAUGAAUAUGAAGAAGUUUUCAGAAUCCCGCGUCCUACCUGUGCUGAGAGAAGACUUUUUUUUGAGGACUUAGUUAUGAAGCAAGCUGCUCAACCUCCUGCAUUAAAAAACAACACAACUUGCCAGCCUUUGGAAGUGCUGCCUGUAGCACCACCACCCAAACCUCGAAAGCUGACAGAGGAAGAAAUAAGACAGGUGGAAGAGCAGGAAGAGGAUACGUUGCGUGAACUUAGGAUUUACUUAAGAGAUGUGGCUCAAAGACUUUUCAUUGACAAACGUUUCAAAGCAUUUACAAAGCCAGUUGGGCCAGAAAAGGCACCCAAUGACAAGGACGCUACUAAACAGCCCAUGGACCUCUUGACAGUUCUCUCCAAGAUUGACAUGCGCCAGUACCUAACUGCCAGAGAUUUUCUAAAGGACAUCGAUCUAAUCUGUAGCAAUGCUUUAGAGUACAGCCUAAAGAAACGGCCUGCAGAUCAUCUCCUGAGACACAAAGCUUGUACUUUGAGUGAUACUGCAUAUUCCAUAGUGAGGCAUGAAAUGGAGGAAGGUUUUGAGCAACGCUGCCAGAAAAUUAAAGAAUCUCGUAAGGAAAGAGGUACAUUUUUACUGAGGAUUUUAGGACUUGUCUCAUGCUUUGUAACCAGCCACACAAGACACAAUACUUUGCUCUGCGGGUGUAAGGAGGCAGACCCAAAGUGUAAUGAAAAAUGGAAAUUGUGGACACCAGUACCUCCUGCUCUAAUGGCAAGUUAUAAGUCAAAAAGAAAAUGCAAAAUCAAGGACGACUCUUCAAGUAUCGCAGUAAAGAGGAAGAAUGUUCAAUUUGCAUUGUCCCAUGACAGUCCUACGGAAGAAGAUGAAAAUGUAUUUCAAGGACAACAGAAAAAUGGGACAGAAUAUGAAAGCGAGAGUGUGAGCCUUGUGGCUGAAUUCCCUACUGAAAAAAGGAGUGUCAUGCUUCCUGAAUGUUCAGACCUAAGAGAGGAGAGUGAAAUGCUGGAUUGCCAAAUAGCCGGAACUUCUGAUGAUGCAUGUUCAAAUGGCAAGUGA